GCACUGCUAGCUGCGCGCCGCCCUGGACGGGGCGCACCGACUGCGCGCGCGGCUGCGGGCAAACAUCGGGAGUCCUGCCUCAGCUGCCGCUUCUCCAGCAGCAGCAGCUUCAGGCUUCUUCCGCAGGAGCUUCGGGCUUUUCCUGGUAGAGACGUGGGAACUUUUCUUCUCCUGGCGAGGCUGCAGAGGUGAUGGGCCGCUCCCGGGGCUCCCGCGGGGAGGCGGCACGGUGAGCGUCCUCGGGCUCCGGUGCGGCGAUCAGUGCCUAGUUCCGGACGCGCCGGUCCGACUUGGAUGCCGGCUCUAGUCGAGUCUUCUGAGCUACGAUAAUUUUUUGGAACGGCAGAAAUGAUUGGUUCUAGCAACAGAUGGGAAUUUGGAGUCACUCUGAAAUAUAUCCUGGAAUAAUUGUGUUUGACUAGAACCACAUCUUAUGAGGUCCCCAAGGAUGAGAGUCUGUGCUAAGUCAGUGUUGCUGUCGCACUGGCUCUUUCUAGCCUACGUGUUAAUGGUGUGCUGUAAGCUGAUGUCCGCCUCAAGCCAGCACCUCCGGGGACAUGCAGGUCACCACCAAAUCAAGCAAGGGACCUGUGAGGUGGUCGCUGUGCACAGGUGCUGCAAUAAGAACCGCAUAGAAGAGCGGUCACAAACGGUCAAGUGCUCUUGCUUCCCGGGACAGGUGGCGGGCACAACUCGGGCUCAACCUUCUUGUGUUGAAGCUUCCAUUGUGAUUCAGAAAUGGUGGUGUCACAUGAAUCCGUGUUUGGAAGGAGAGGAUUGUAAAGUGCUGCCAGAUUACUCAGGUUGGUCCUGUAGCAGUGGCAAUAAAGUCAAAACUACGAAGGUAACGCGGUAGCGAACAGAGAGGUGUGCUUCAAUCCUGGAGGGGCAGCAGGAGGCGGAGCUCUUUUGCUUGGAUUCCCAUCCUGGCCCCUUUGCAGAAAAUUGUCUAGGAUUUCAGCAACUUCAUAUUUGUAUAUGUGAGCUGUGAGAGGUGGCAGUCACUUAACUGGCCCAGCCCUCUCUGCUUCGUGAUUUUAUUUCAUUGAAUUAUAACCACAAGCCACCACACAUUUGACAUCCUAUCUGGAUUCCCAAGGAGCAUACCUCCAAAAUCCGAGAAGAGCAAAUCAGAGUCUUCAAAAUGGAUCACCACUAAGGGCAUGUUCAUUCUUCACUUUCUUUCUGCUUUUACAAAAGAAAGAACUUGGAUGUAUGUUCCAAAGGGUCCUCAUUCUGUUCCUCUUUUGAACUUUUCCUUUUUUUGAAUUUUUCCUUUUGUCCUUGUAUUAAAGUGGUUUUAAAGGGGUCUAAAGAGAUUUUGGCAAAACAUAUUUGCAGAUGUAGAUUAGCUGGUGAAGAAAAUUACUGCUAGAGAACAACUGAUUACCUGGUAAAGAACGUUUAUUUUAUAACCCUUGAAGAAUAGAAGGACAUAGUUGGAUUAUUGUGUGUGCAUUGUAUUUUUACCUUUAAUUUUUUUUUGCUUUCCAUUGUCCAGUUAGCAGAGAUAAAAUGAGAGCGUUUUAACUUCAAUGUACCAUUUUAAAUGUACCAUUUUACUGAGUGCUAAGGAAGCAUAUCAAUUCCGGUAUUUUAUAACCAAAGCUCUAUCAGAACAUAUUUAUAAAACUUGUUGGAAUUUUUACAGCUUUUGUGUAGUCAUGUAGGUAAAUCAUUUAAAAUAUAAAACAAUCUCAAUUUAGAUCAAGGGUUAUUUCUUAGAUCAAUUUUAUGCCAAUUAUAUGAAAAGAUUUUAACUCCGAGACAGGAGUCUUUCAGUGCUGAAUUUUUAGACUGUAAAUGAGUUCUUCUUAACUUAGCUGUUUCCCUACUUCUGUGACUUCUGUGUUAGCCAUCUUAUUUCUUUAAAAUCUGAGUCCUGAUUGGCUUAAUGAUUUUGCAGCAGACAUGUCUGUCUCCACAUAUUCUCAAAUGCUGUCAUGUGGAAACAUAUGAGACAGAUGAAGAAUGACUGACCCAGAUUUUAAAUGUAUAAUGUUAUUAAGUACAUACUACUGUAUUAUAUAUUAAGAAAUGCCAAAAACAUAGUUUAUGCACCAAGUUACUUAUCCCUGUCCUUUCACAUUUGUGGGGGGAAAAUAAAUACUUUAAUGUGGUUUAUAGCCUAACAGUUAUUUGAUUUUAUUCUUGCAGAGGGAAUGGAAAGAUUUGUUGGCUAAAUUUUUGAAUUUGACUAGAUGCUUACUAAAUUUGUUAUGAUCAUAUGAAUAAGUAAAAAAAUUCAUCCUUCUGAUGGCAUACAUGUUUUUGUGAUUAUUAUAUGCCUUAAGACUUUGUGUUAACAUCCUACCUAGGCUUGCACAUUUUAAACGUGAAAAACUCCUUUUAAAAAUAACACUUCACUUUGGGGAUGUUGAACUAUAUGGCAAAGUUGGCACAUACAUUUGGGUAGCUUAGUUUCUUCUCCCAAACCUAUGUAGCAUUAAGCUUAGGCACACUCAUGAUGUUUUAUGCAUACU